UUAACGAAAAAGGUACAUGAAAAAGGAUCUAAAUACAAAACAAUAAUCUACGAAGGAUGGUCGGAGGAGGAUAUUUUAAAUUACAACAAUAAGUUAAAAGAAUUAGGAAGACCAGAAAAUUGGAACGGACUCAGAGAAAAGCUAAAAGCAGCGGUAUGUAUAAAGGAAAUAAGGAUUAAUACAAGUAUCCAGAAAAAGAAAUGGUGGGAUCAAGAAUGUCACGCAGCAAAACUAGAGUUAAAGAAGACAAGGAAAAAAUAUAUAGAAACAGGUGAACUGAAAACAGAUUACUGUGAAUGUAAAAAGAAAUACAAAAAAAUAAUUGAGGAUAAGAAACGACUGACAUUGGAGAAAGACUGGUCAGAAGCAAGAAAGGACAAAACGGGAAAGAAGUUCUGGGAGUUAAUAAACAAACAAAGAACAAAAAAAGAAGAGAUAAGUAAAAAAAUACAUAUGGUUGAAUGGACUGAGCACUUUGCUAAACAAAUGGGAGGAAAAGUAGUAGAAGAAACAAGACAGCUGGGUAAAGAAGAGAAAAUAGAAAAAAAUGAAGAUCAAGAAAUAACGCAAGAGGAAGUAGAACAAGUAAUAAAGAAGCUGAAAAAGAAAAAGGCGGCUGGAGAAGAUAAAAUCACAAAUGAAGCCUGGAUAUAUGGUGGAAAGGAAUUACAAGAGAACUUGCAAGGAAUACUAAAUAAAAUAUGGAAUGGAGAUGAAGAUCUGCCUGAGGAAUGGAAAAUGGGAAUAAUAAAACCAAUUUUCAAGAAAGGAGAUAGACAUAAACCGGAAAACUACAGAGGAAUAACUCUUAUGAACACAGGAUAUAAAAUUUACGCGGAAAUACUUAGGAAAAGAUUAGAAAAGGAAAAAUAAAGGAACUAUUGACGCAAUAUACAUAGUUAAAACGGCCAUCGAAGAAGAAAUAAAGAAAGAAAAAGGUGAAAUUUUCCUCUUCUUUGCAGACAUGAAAGGAGCUUUCGAUAAGCUUAAAAGAGAUACGAUAUGGAAGACCUUAGAAGAGCUAAAUAUAGAAAACAAAUUAAAAGAGAGGAUAAGAGAAAUUUAUGAGGAAACUUACUUUAAGAUAGAAGUUAAUGGGGAAAAAUCAAAGAUUAUAUCAAUGAGAGAAGGCAUAAGACAGGGGUGUCCACUGAGCACAGUACUUUUUAAUGCAACAUUUGCAAACUUAGAGAAGAAAAUGAGCACAGCGCAAGAAGGAGGUAUAGUAAUCGGUAGAAAAAAAAUUUGGUCAGUGUCAUAUGCAGAUGACAUAGUUUUAUUAGCGAAUAAUGAAAGAGGAA